UUUUAUCUACACAAAGUAAACAUAUAAAUCCAAAAACAUAGUCCCCACAACCUUGUCUGAAUGUGGACAAACCUAAUCCAUCCUAGUAGACGACAUUUUUACACAGAAGCUGAGAAAAUCAAGAUAAAAAAUGGAAUUAGAUGGGAAAAAUAACCAGAAGCACUUUGUGUUGGUUCAUGGAGCAUGCCAUGGCGCAUGGUGUUGGUACAAAGUGGUGACGAGGCUGAGAUCGGCGGGCCACCGCGUAACCGCCCUCGACAUGGCGGGUGCUGGAGCUGACACCGGAUGCGUGGAGGAACUCAGCUUGUUCUCCGACUAUUGCCGCCCGCUGGUGGAGUUGAUGGAGGGUUUGCCGUCGGAUGAACGGGUGGUUCUUGUGGGCCACAGCUUGGGUGGGAUUUGCAUAUCUCUUGUGAUGGAGAAGUUUCCGGACAAAAUUGGUUUGGCUGUUUUUGUGGCGGCGAUCAUGCCGGGUCCCGAUUUUACUGUCCUCACUGCUCUUGGAAAGCUCGAGAGGGAAGCGGGUUAUUAUAUGGAUAGCCGAUUCUCAUUUGCCAACGGAGACGAAAAACCUCCAACCUCCUUCAUCUUCGGCCCCAAUUUUAUGGCCAAACACUUGUACCAACUCUCAUCUCCCGAGGAUUUGAGUCUUGCAACCUUGUUGGUUAGACGAGAAGUACCGUACGGUGGACUGGGUUUAUCAAAAGAAGUUGUUCUUACAAAAGAAAAGUACGGUUCAGUUCGCCGUGGUUAUGUGGUUUGCGAACAAGACAAUAUACUGAACCGAACUUUCCAGGAAUGGAUGAUCGACAAUAAUCCGACUGACGAGGUGAACUUUAUUUCUGGUGCAGAUCACAUGCCUAUGUUUUCUAAAUCCCAUGAAUUAUGUGCGUGUCUCGAAAAUUUAGCCGAUAAAUAUUGUUAAUUAAGCAGUACCCCUGAUUAUUUGUAUUAUAUUGACAUAAAUUCAUUUUCAUGUAUGUGAAUUUAAAAUCUGCAACUGUACCAAAAAUCGAGAAUGCAACAAUGGCAUUUUCCACGGA